UGGCAGAAAAAGGAUUACAAAGUAACCUCAGAAAAGUUCACCCAACCGGAGCGAGAGGUGUGUCGGAGAGAGGAGGCGUCACCAGAAAUUGGGCUGGAUUUUAUGGAGCAGCUGAGGGGUUCUCAGCUAUCAGGUAUUUCACAUGGUCUGGUGACCUAGAUAGCUCACAAGUUCCAAUCUGUCAGUAUGAGUGAACAGCCAGUGUUCCUAGGGCCCGAGAUAGUGGAGAAAUACUUAGUCUAUUCCACGUUGAUACCUUUGCUGGAAAAAGCCCUGAUCAAUUAUUCCAGAGGAAAAGAAGGAGGCAUUGUGCAACCCAUCCGGACCAUUGUGCCCGUGGCAAAGUACAAUGGUUUCUUAGGGGUAAUGCCGGCUUACAGUACUGAAGAUGACGCUUUAACAACAAAGUUGGUAACAUUUUAUGAGACUAACGCAUCAUCAGACAUUCCCUCGCAUCAAGCAACCGUCCUUUUAUUUGAGCCAUCCAAUGGGACUCUGAAAGCUGUAAUUGAUGGCAAAGUAAUUACAGAUAAGAGAACUGCUGCAGUUUCAGCAAUCGCAACAAAGCUGUUAAAACCUUCGCCUUGUGAAGUCCUCUGUAUUCUGGGCUCCGGAGCGCAGGCUCACAGUCACUAUGAAGCUUUUACACAACAGUUUUUCUUCAGAGAGGUCAGGAUUUGGAGCCGCACAAGAGAUAAAGCUGAAAAAUUUGCAAAAUCUGUAGAAGGAAACAUUCGUGUUUGUUCUACCGCCCAAGAAGCGGUGAAUGAUGCAGAUGUGAUUAUCACAGCUACAAUGUCUACAGAGCCGGUUCUUUUCGGGGAUUGGGUCAAGCCGGGUGCACACAUAAACGCUCUUGGUGCUUGCCGGCCAGACUGGAGAGAACUAGAUGAUACUCUUAUGAAGAAUUGUGUGUUGUAUGUGGACACCAGGGAAGCCAGCCAAAAGGAGUCUGGGGAUAUUGUGCUAUCUGGGGCGUCCAUUUUUGGUGAAAUUGGUGAAAUACUUAACGGAACAAAACCUGCUCUUUCAGAUAAAACAACCGUUUUUAAGUCUGUAGGCAUGGCCAUUGAAGACACUGUUUCAGCAAAAAUAGUCUAUGACUCCUGGCAAUCGACUAGAGGAAAUAAAUAAGCAAGCACUAAUGUGCAUCAAUUUUAGGAGUUAUCGUACAAAAUGUUUCCAGUAAGCAUUUUUUCUAGUUUUGCCAUUGCGCUUUUUAUGGUUAUUAUUCCUGGAUAAUCAUAUUUUUAUUACAACUGUUAAACAUCAUUGUUUUGCUGUCUAAUUAAAGCGUUCCUGUCAUAGUGCAAAAAAAAAGAAAAAAAGUGAUAUGUUACUCAGGACCCAAUCCUGAUCAUGUGCAUAUGAUUUUUAUGUGUCUCGGACCUAUAUAUCCAGAGAUAUAAGCAUUUAUCUGCUGGUGAGUUACUUUUUCAUUGUGCAGGCUGGAGGGGGCGUGUCAGUCUGUCUCCCUCACAGGAGCAAGCCUGGGCAGUCAGCCAAUCAGUACUCCCUACUCUGUAACCCUUUCCUCUCUGGUUUUAUGCUGUGUCAUGUGUCAGAGGAAGAUACUCGGGGCCUGCCUGCAGUAAUCAGAAGACAUUAUGGUGAAUUCAUAACAGGAUAAAAUGUAUAAAUAUAAGAAUAGAUCUUUAUAAAAUUUGUGCAAGGAUUUUUUAGAUAAAAGUACAGCAUUUUUAUGAAUACAUGUUCUAUCUGUUUUAUCUUCUCCUAGUCAAGCUGGAUGCUAAUCAGCAUAGCUGUCACUAUGUGUGUCAUUCAUCUUUCACAGACUCCUGAAUGUCUGAUCAACUUCUUUGUCAUUCAGGAGUCCGAGAAAGCUUUGACUAUUUCAGCAUGCUGGGAGUUGUAGUUUAUUAACAACUGAAGCUGCAAUGUUUGUAAAUAACUGUGUUAGAGCAGUGUUGCCUCCAGCUGUUUUAAAACUACAGCUCCCAGCAUGUCCACACAUCAUUUAUCUGUAGUUUUGCAUACACUAAAUAGAAAUCUCCUAUACUGUAUACUGGUAUGCUUUUCGGCCGGUAUCCAGUAUGCUGUAAAAUCUAGACUAGUCUGUCUGGCUAGAAGACAGGCGACCCCUGGUGGUGGCUAUUUUGAGCUUGAAUUUCAGGUGAAAAUAAAAAAUCUUUUUAACAGGUAUAUAUAGUGAAAUGUCAUAUUAUGAGUCCUGCAAUAUAUGAAAAGUUUUUUUUAACAAUGACAGUGCCUCUUUAAAUAUAAAUUGUUGCCUAGUAGCUGUAAUAUGACAGGAAAUUGUAAAUCAACACAUUGGGGGAGAUUUAUCAAAACCUGUCUAGAGGAAAAGUUGCUGAGUUGCCCAUAGCAACCAAUCAGAUCACAACUUUCAUUUUUCAGAGGCCUUUUCAAAAAUGAAAGAAGCGAUCUGAUUGGUUGCUAUGGGCAACUCAGCAACUUUUCCUCUGGACAGGUUUUGAUAAAUCUCCCCCAUUUUCUCUGUUCUUAAGAAAAAUCUUUUAUAAUAAUAAUAAUAAUAAUAAUAUUGUACCCAUGAUAUGGCUGUGCUAAACAUAUUGUAACAGUGCAACUUUCUCUGAGAGCAAUAAACUAUAAAUAUUGGUUAUGACUAA